CCGCUAGCAAAAUCAACAGCAGGUCAAGGUCAUCUGCUGUGUGUCUUUUCCUCAAAGCGGCAGCGGCUUGUGCUCAGAGAACACCGCACCAGAGCUGAGAAAUAUGCUGUCUUCUUGCUUCUUGAUUACCAGUGACCGGUAAAUAUGAGAGGUAACCCCAAAGCUUGCCUUGGUGAGGAGGGAACUGGUAUUAUUCUAUGAUGGCGAUCUCGGAGGUAACUGUACAGUUACCUCAAGUUGUGUUAACACAAGGGCUCUUAUGGAUAUGUUUACUUGCACGUGUAGUCUACGUUUCUCCAGGAAGAUCUGACUUGCCAGGCUCUUGUGUCGACUGGAAGUCGUGCAUAACGCCGGUUGUAGACCCAUGUCCUAAUGUCUGUCUCACUCCGAGGUCCACCUGCAAGGUACACAACUAUGUCCCAUACUGUGCCUGCAGACCCGGCUACUCUGGCAACCCCUUUACUGGGUGCUACGAACAAGCUUCAACAGGGAGUUGUCCACCUAAUCAAACAUCUCACAGAAGAAAAUCCUACAGAGUUGAGGCUUUUAUUAAGGUAAACUUUUAUGCUGCAAUGCUGCACUGCCAGCAUCAUGGUUGGAGGCUGGCCUCCAUCCAAUCCAAAGAGGAGAAUGACCGGAUCAAAGAGGAGAUUCGUAAGAAAAAUAUUCGUAACGACCAAUUCUGGACUUCCGGGAUGAACUACCCUCUAGGACACUGGGUCUGGAUGUCUACUGGCGAACCGCUGCCUGAGUUCCAGGACUGGGAGCCUGGAGAACCCAACAAUGCUGGAGACGAGCAUUGCUUGGAGUUUUAUGAGAAGGAUAACAAUGGCUACAUGUGGAACGACAAGAACUGUAUGGAGCAAGUUUACCCGAUAUGUGAAUAUUUUGAAUAGAACCACUGUGAUAGUGACUUAAUAAAAUCGAUUGAAAGGUUA